AUGACGUCGCCGUUCGCGACCUUCUCCGCAGCGACCGUCGCGCUCGGUGCAGUACUGGAGCUCGUAGUAGGAGCCCUCGAGGUAGGCGCCGUCGAGCGCGAGGUCCACGGUCUGCUGCUCCGUCGCGGCGCCCUCAGCGGUCUCGACGUCGAUGUCGCGCGGGUUCUCCGCGCAGAGGCGGCCGUUGGCGGCGAGCGCGGCCACGUCCGACGAGUCGCCGGCGUCCGCGGCGUCGCCGGAGGCGCCGGCGCCAAAGUAGACGCUGUAAAAGUAGCGGUCGCCGCGCGCGCCGCGGCCGGAACGCGUGGCCACGACGCAGUCGUAGCUUGCGUCGAACUGGUCGAGCGCCGCGGCGAUUCGGACGUCGGCCGACGGCGUCCCAGCGGCCCGGUUGCCGCCGCUGCGCGCCAGAGCGUGCGCGAGAGCCGCCGCAGCGAAUCUGUCCAGGACGCCCCAGACGUCCUCGGGCCGUCUCGCCACCGGCGCUCUGCCGCCCGCCGGGCAGCCGACGAUUGGCAGCCCCAACCAGCCGCCAAGCGGUCGGUGUCGCGCGCAGUCCGCCGGUCGAGAUCUCGCGCAGCGUUUGAAGCGAUUGCCUUGCGUCGGCGGACACGGAGCACCGCACGCGCUUGGCGCCCAGGAAGCCCGACUCUGAUGUCGAAUGUGCUCAUGGCCUCGAGGCCAAGUCUUGGAGAUCCCUCGUUUGGAUUUACACAUUGUUUGCAAUUGCACGUCACGAUGGGGACCAGUCCCGACGCCUCGUCGGCCGGCGUUGUCAUGGCGCCCUUCGUCCCGCGGCGGCGCGGUGCCCCCGGUGGGUCGCCUGUGUCGGCGGCGGCGCCCAACACCAUCAUGGGGUUCGACGACGAGCAGCGCCCGCCGUCUGCGCCAGGAUCAUCAAAACCUGUGCAGAAUCCGGUGCCGCGGUCGCCGGAGCGGGACUCGCCGGCCAAGAAGAAGCACGCCAAGGAGGUCGUCGCAGCUCUAGAGGAGCACGCGCGCGCGGCGGCCGAGGAGCAGGCGCGGCGCGCGGCGGCCGAGGAGCAGGCGCGCGCGGCGGCCACGGAGAAGGCGCGGCGCGCGGCCGCGGACGCGGCGCGCCGCCGCUUCGAGGAGUGCCGCCGCGGCCUGAAGCCCCUCAAGGGCUUCGACGACCCGUUCUCCACGGGCUUCCUCAGCUUCGGCUUCUUCGCGAGGCGCGAGGGCGGCGACUUCGACUACUACCCGGACCUCGCGGCCUUCAAGAAGGCGUUCAAGGACGACUUCCACUGGAGGCCGUCGGAGACGCCGCGCAACGUGGCCUGGCAGUUGCGGGGCAUGCCGUCUCCCUUGGACCUGUGCAAGGUCUACGCGUCGCUCUGGCCGGCGGACCCGCCGGCGAGCGCGGUCGCCGCCGCCGUCAAGAAUCUCAGGCCCGCGCGCGCCAAGCGCGCCGCGCCCGCGGUCGCCUCGAAGGCGAAGGGCGACCUCCGGGGCCGGCGCGUGGGCUCGCACCUCCUCGGCCGCAUCGUCAAGGUCCUCCGACCAUCCCCCAGGGAGGGCCACUGCCUCGUCGUGGGCGUCGUUUCGGCCGUCGCCGGCGCCGUGUCGAAGCACAGCGGCGACGUCGUCCCGCAGGGGCACUUCGAGGUGGAAUUCGACUUCGACGACGCGUACGCGGGCUUCGUCGACCUCUCGCCCCGCUUCAUCGAGGCGGCGAAGCCGAGCUACGAUGUCCAGGAGACGGUCGACGCCUGGGACUUCUUCUGGGACUUCUCCGACGAGGCCACCGACGCGGUGGAGCGCGAGCCGCCGGCGCCCGUCCCGGAGGAGUCCGGCGCGGCCUCCACGGCGGCCGGGGCCGGCGUGGAGACCGCGACGCCCUUCGGCUUCUACGACCCGGCCCAGGUCGACCCGAGCUUUCGCGCGGCCGCCGUCGACUACGGCGGCGAGGACUUCCGCGAGGCCGUCACGCCCCUCGCGCUGAAGCUCGGCGAGUCCGCCGAGGGCCUCGCGGCGCUCGCGUACGCGCUCGCCGAGGCGAACGUCGCCGUCCUCGGGCCCGGGUCGUCCUACGCCGUCGACGGCGGCGGGCCGCCGGACAUGGCCAUGCUCCCGGCGCGGCACCUGCGCGACGUGCGCGACGGCGGCUGCCUCGAGGCCGCGUUCCGCGCGCUCGACGCGGGCGCGCGCGCGGCGCUGAGCGGCGGCGACGAGGCGGCCAAGCACGGCGCGCUCGCGGCCGUCGCGGGCGCCUGGGCCGACGCGGGCCUCUACGCGCCGCCCGCGGUCUGGUUCGACGACGGCGUCGACCCCGCCGUCGCCGCGGAGCUCGGCACCGUCGCCGCGGAGCUCGGCGCGACGCUCGCCAACUCGCAGGCCGAGGCGACGCACGUCGUCCGCCACGACGCGGCCAUCGACGGCGUGCCCGACGUCGACGGCGCGCCCGACGUCGACAACGCGAGCAUGGACUUCAGCGACCACGGCAUGGACGUCGACCGCGCCGACCCCCAGUACUUCACGACGCUCGUCGUCGACGCGCGGCGGCGCCUCGCGCUCGUGCACUGGUGGUACCUGCCGGACUCCAAGGACGAGUGGAUCCCGCUCGAGCGCGUCGCGGUCCACAUGUACCACCCGGACCUCCCGCCGCGCCAGAUGGACCUGUACGCCAAGGGCCUCGAUUUACGCGUCGCGUGCGGCGAGGACGCGCGCGUCUUCUUCGCGCAGUGCACCUGGAAGGCUCUCCACGCGUUGCUACGCUACGUCUACAACGUCAACAUCAACGUAUUACAAAUCUCCCGUCCUCUGAUGAUCGACGCGCUCUGCGCCGCGGGGAUGUGCGCCGUCGACCCCCGGAAACACGGCGCGCAGAUCACGCAGGUGAACACGAAGAAGUUCCAGAAGCAGUCGAUGAUUGUGAUGCUCCAGACCAUGAAUGUCGCCCGCUCCCAACGCGCCGCCGAGCGGCUCGCCGGCUCGCCGUCGAAGAUGCGCGGCAUCGGCGGGCGGGCUCCCGCUCGGACCGUGGGAGCGUCGUACAAUGUGCUCAGCAGAAAGAAAGCGCACCACUUGUUCAAGCGCCAGUUCCGCCCGUCGGCCGACGAGAUGCCGUCGGCGAAGUACACGCCGGAGGUCGUCGAGUGGUACACCUACACGCCCUACUGGCCGCACGACAAGUUCGACUCGAAGCUGGACUGCUACUGUUGCGCGCGGCUGUACCAGGACACCGGCGGCAUGGUCUUCUGCGAACACGCGCACGUGCCGCUCGCGUCCCUGGUCGCGGUGCGCGACAACGGCGCCUGCCACGUGUGCAACGUCGUCUGGAUCGCCACGUUCGACGACCUCGCCGAGCGCUACGACCUCGACUUGCCGCAGAAACGCUACGUCGCGCGCGCGCUCGCCCAGCACUGGGCCUAG